UGGAUUUUAUAUCUUGCUCAUGCUCAGAGUUGGGCGAUGUGCAGACGAUCAGAUCUUUGUGACAAAGACUGUUGAUGUUGGAGAUGAUGUGACUCUGACAUGUACCCGUCAGACAUCUGAGUCUGGAGCAACCACCUUGUUCUGGAUCAGGCUUGUUGCUGGAAAUGUACCUGAAUUCUUGGGAGGAACAUAUGCCUUUGAUCAUGAUCGUGUUAAUAAGAUUACUCACAUUACAACAAAACAAGAGCCUGGAAAAUUUGUCCUGGAUAUUAAUAAAGCUAAGCUAAGCGAUGCUGGACUUUAUUACUGUAUAAAAGUAGACCUACUUAACAUGACAUUAUUGAAAGGAACAUUUCUGAGGAUUAAAGGACCAGAACUUGAUAUCACUGUCAUCACUCAAGACUUUCCAUCUGAUCCAGUCCGUCCAGGAGACUCUGUGACUCUCCAGUGUUCAGUGCUCUCUGACUCUGAGAAUAAAAAGUGUCCAGAAGAAGACACAGUGUACUGGUUCAGAGCUGGAUCAGAUGAAUCUCAUCCCAGUUUUAUUUACGCUCAUGGAAACAGUGGUGAUGAAUGUGAAAAGAGUUCUGAGACUCGCUCUCCACAGAAAUGUGUCUACAGCUUCUCUAAGAACGUCAGCUCUUCUGAUGCUGGGACUUACUACUGUGCUGUGGCCACAUGUGGGGAGAUAGUAUUUGGAAAUGGAACUAAACUGGACAUUGAAGUUGUCAGCUGGUGGAAUUUACAAAAGGCCAACACAAUUAUCUACCUGCUGUGUGCUGCUUUGGCUAUAAAUCUGGUUGUAACAGCCUUCCUCAUAUAUCGCAUCAAGAGAAAAUCUUGUGAUUGCUGGAACGCUGCUGUUUCUCUGCAAACAAAUGCUGAAACAGCCAGUGGUGGUCAACAAAGUCAGCAGAGAUAUGAGAAGUCAUUGGUUUAUUCUGCAGUAACCUUUACCAAGAAGAAAGCUGGCAAAGCAGGGAGAAGGAAUGCAAAAGCAGCAGAAGAAAAUUCUGUCUACAAUACUGUCAGGGCUUAGGGGUCAGAUUAAUUCACACACCAGAUUGUUUCUCAUAUAAAGUUUUUCUCUGUCACAUUAUCUGUAAAAAUAGUGUUUAAACUGCUCUAGUACAUGCCUUUCACCUCUGAACUCUGUAACGUAAUGAUUUUUAAUUUUGGAUGAAAUAUGUUUUGUGUAUCAUUCUGUUUGUAUCAUUGUUUAAUAUAUUUAUUACUUCAAAAAGAAAAUGAUGCAAAAAUAAGAACAUUUAAUAGUUAAACAUUUAGAAUAGCCUUUGGCAUACUAUAUCUUUUAAAUGUUGUUUAAUGUUUCAAGCUUGUGAUGACACCCAAACUGGCUUUUUAAAAGAUUAAUCUUGAAAGAGUUGGUUUGAAAUGAAUUAGCCAUGAGGAAAGUUUCUUAUAUGACGCUCAUCUAUUAUCAUUGCCAUUAUAUUGAUGUUUGUGUACAUGUUUUACUUUACUUUUAAAUAAACAAAUAUGCAUCAUGAAAUUUGAAUUUUGAAGAGAAAAGCAGUUGAGAUCGUUCGUUUUUCUCAAGAACUGAAUCUUUCUCAACUUUUGAGAGCAGUCUGUCUGGAAAUCUGCUGGGUGCAACACUUUUCAGAAAACACACAUUCUGACUGAUGUUCAACUUCCUCCUAUCCCUGUCUGUGCACAUUAUACUGUAACUCUAAAACAAGCUAAGCUACGGACCUCUGCAGAGA